GCCUUAAAUAGCAGAACUAGAAGGAGGUCACAUGGCGGGGCGGCCAGUCAGUCAGGUGAUCAAGAUGGGUGCAGACGCUCUCCCCGUGGCCGUCAUGACCUCCAUCUUCGGGGUGGUGGGCCUCAUCCUGCCCUUCGCCCUCGCCCGUGGGCCCAACAAGGGGGUGGUCAUGGUGGACCUGGUCAUCACGGCGUGCACCGGCUGGCUGGUCUGGCUCUUGACGUACAUGCAUCAGAUGAACCCGCUUAUCGGCCCACAGCUGCAUAACACUACAAUCCUGGCCGUGCAGUACCUAUGGGACAAUAACCUGCACUUGAGCAACCACAGCGACCACCACGCAGAACACGCCGCAGCCUAGUCCACUGUGGAGGCUUCCCGGCCCUCUGUUGCUGUGUUCGUGUGGCAGCUAGACAGAAGGAAAGCCGAGGGGGUAGGUUAGACUAGAGUUACCAGACUAUCACAUUCAGAACAUUGUAUUUAUUGGUUCCAGACUCCAAAACGAGUACCCAUAUUGUAUUUAUCGGUUCCAGAUCCAAAACUCGUACCCACACUAUUUAUCGGUUCCAGAUCCAAAACUCGUACCCAUACUAUCGGUUCCAGACCCCAAAACUUGUACCCACACUGUAUUUAUCGGUACCAGACCCAAAACUCGUACCCACACUGUAUUUAUCGGUUCCAGAUCCCAAACUCAUACCCAUACUAUCGGUUCCAGACCCCAAAACUUGUACCCACACUGUAUUUAUCGGUACCAGACCCAAAACUCGUACCCACUCAUUUUUUUCCUUUUUUACAGUAAAGGAAGCAGCUCAAGGGCAAAAAUAAAGUAAAAAAAGACCCUACUAGUCACUGCUCCUGUAAUUAAAGUAGAUAUGAGUGUGGCUGAAAGAGAGGCCAAGUUCCGAUACUCAGAGUCGUCAGAAGCAUCAAAUUCUCAAGUUUUUCCACGAUAGUUACGAGUCGGAAACAGCAGAAUACAACGUGCUGAGUGGGAUAGUCCGGUGAUGUUAGGUUGGCCUCAUACUGGCCCUCCUUAUGUGCCUUUUAAGUGCCUUUGUGGGGGUGGGAAGUGAGGCCCAACCCAGAGCUGUAAGUCUUUGUUUCAUGUAGUGGUUGUGAGGGUAACGUGUUCUCUGAGGGUACUGGUUAAGAGGGAAGAAGUAGCCGUCCAUCCCCUCUCAACUUCUAUUGGCCUCUUCCAGACUCCUAUUGGCCUCUUCCAGACUCCUAUUGGCCUCUUCCAGACUCCUAUUGGCCCCUUGCAGACUCCUUAUGUUUCUCCUUUUUGGUGGAUAUAAACUUUAUCUUUGUUUUCAGUAUUCUUCGUAAUUUCAGCUUUUCGUAUUUCUGCCAACUGUGUGUGAUUGUAACCCGAGGACUCUCAUAUUUUCACUCCCUUUCUCUUCUCUAAGUUCUCUAUAUUCUUAUCCCUAGCAAUUUAAUAUCACUUAUUCUCUUCCCUUUUUCUCCUCUCUUAGUUGUCCAUACUCAUAUCCUAAGUAAUUUAAUAUCACUUUCUCUUAUCAUUCUCUAGUGAUUUAUUCUCUUCAUAUUUUCACUCUCUUUCUCUUCUCUAAGUUCUCUAUAUUCUUAUCCCUCGCAAUUUAAUAUCACUUAUUCUCUUUUCUUCCCUUUUUCUCCUCUCUUAGUUGUCCAUACUCAUAUUCUAAGUAAUUUAAUAUCACUCUCUUAUUCUCUGGUGAUUUAUUCUCUUUACAUAUUUU